AUGGCUGCCAGAAUGUUUGGUGAGAUGCCCACAGCAGAGAAAAGCCGGACCCGAGACCGUGGGAGCCUGCCCAAGCCAGUUCUAGAUCUUCUGAACCAGCUGCUGAUCUUCCUGGGCCUGCUGUGGAGCUCGUUGACCACACUUUUGGCCUCAAAGUGGCCUGAGCCAGUAUUUGGACGCCUGGUGUCCCCUGGCUUCCCAGGGAACUAUGCCAACAAUCAGGACAGGUCCUGGAAGCUGACUGCACCCCCCGGCUACCGUCUGCGGCUCUACUUCACCCACUUUAACCUGGAACUCUCUUACCUUUGCGAGUAUGACUUUGUCAAGUUGAGCUCAGGGACCAAGGUGCUAGCCACACUGUGUGGGCAGGAGAGUACAGAUACUGAGCAGGCGCCUGGCAAUGACACCUUCUACUCACUGGGUCCUAACCUGGAGGUCACCUUCCACACGGACUACUCCAAUGAGAAGCCCUUCACAGGCUUUGAGGCCUUCUAUGCAGCGGAGGAUGUGGAUGAAUGCCGAGUGUCUUUGGGGGAAGAUGUUCCUUGUGACCAUUACUGCCACAACUACCUGGGCGGGUACUACUGCUCCUGCAGAGCGGGCUACGUUCUUCACCAGAACAAGCACACCUGUUCAGUCCUGGCUUACAGCCCCAGCCUGGGGGCGGGUACUACUGCUCCUGCAGAGCGGGCUACGUUCUUCACCAGAACAAGCACACCUGUUCAG